AUGCCUGGGACCCUGGCGUAUCUGAUGAGACACUUGGCCAGUCUGUCUGCGAACAGCUCUGUCACCAACAUGCACGCUAAGAACUUAGCCAUUGUGUGGGCUCCAAACCUCCUAAGAUCACAGCAGAGCGAGUCUGCCUGCGCCAGCGGGAGAGCUGCCUGCACGGAACUGCAGACGCAGUCGGCUGUGGUGGAAUUCAUCAUCGACCACACAGACGUCCUCUUCUGCUCCACGUCUGGACCUGACAUUGCAGAUGGAGCAGGUGAGUGUCUUCCUCCAUUAGCUUCAUCUUGGUCAGACACCUGGAUCAAAUGCAGGCCUUCUCCAAGUCCUUUGAAAUACACUUUUCCUGCCGAGGGGACAGCAGACUUCUGGGCUUAGAUUGGAAUCUGGCGUCCAGUUGCUGGAUGCUGAGAAUGUGCAA